AUGGCUUCCAACGACACCAAACUCGCGAAUCUGCAAGAUAAAAAGCACUUCCCAGGAUUCGAGGACCUAUCUUGGGACAAUCAACUCGAACUCGACUACUACCGCCAGCGAGAGAACGGCUUCUGGGAGCCUCGCAAGCACUGGGUCUUCAUCGGCGAGAUCGUCGAGGUCGACAUCGGCUUCCGCGUUAAGCUCACCGUCAAGGACCGAGAUGGCCUGGAGAUCCCAAUCGCUAUCUACACUGAGUCCCGUGGUCUUGAGCUAGGUGCUUCGAACCUUCAAGCUGGAAACACUGUCGUGAUCUUCUACGCUGUCAAGCAUCUCUUCAUGGAUAUGACCAUCGGCAUCCGGCAUGAAGAUCCUGAGUACCUCAAGAUCUUCCCGAUCUCCCUCGACAACAUGAUGAAGCUCAGCGACAAAAUCCAAACUCAUGCUACCCUCACCAACGGAAUGAGAACCUGCCAUGGAUGCAACGAGAAGUCGUCCAAGCUACUGAAGUGCGCCAAGUGCGAUUUCUUUUGGUACUGCGGCCACAAUUGCCAGCUCUAUGGAUGGAAGGAAAAGGGUCACAAGGAGGACUGCAAGAUUCUCCGGGAUGGCAACUUCAAGGGGCUGUUCUCUAUCAAGUGGGAUGAGUUUCACAACCACCUCUCUUUUCCGCUGCGCUCUAUGGAGGAAUAG